AUGUCUCUGAGAGUCAUUGUCGUCGGCGCCGGCCUCAUCGGCCCUCGCCAUGCCCAAUCCGUCAUCUCCAACCCAUCCACCGAGCUCGUCGCUCUGAUCGACCCUGCCCCCAGCGCAGCUACAGUCGCAGCGCAGCUGCAGACAACCCACUUCCCCUCCAUCGCCUCCAUGCUCGAGGCCAUCCCCAAGCCCGACGCCGCCAUCGUCUGCACCCCGAACCACACGCACGUCCCCGUCACCCAGGAACUCCUCGCCAGCGGCAUCCACGUCCUCGUCGAGAAGCCCGUCAGCGAGAGCAUCGAGAGCGGGCACGCGCUCCUCGCCUUCGCCAAACGACCCGAGCACGCCCACCUCAAGCUCCUCGUCGGCCACCACCGUCGCUUCAACCCCUACGUGCUCAAGACGAAGCAGAUCCUCGACUCCGGCGCCCUCGGCACGCCGAUCGCCAUCAACGGCCUCUGGACCCUCUUCAAGCCGGACUCCUACUUCGCCGCGCCCGGCGACUGGCGCCGCGCCCGCGCCUCCGGCGGCGUCAUCCCCAUCAACCUCGUCCACGACAUCGACCUCCUGCACCACCUCUUCGGGCCGAUCGAGCGCAUCCACGCCGAGAAGACGCGGCCGCAGCGCCCGCGCCCGCCGCACGAAGCCGAGGAAGGCGCCGCGCUGACGCUGCGCUUUGCCUCGGGCGUCGUCGGCUCGUUCCUCGUGUGUGAUGCGACCCCGUCCCCGCAUAACUUCGAGACCGGCACGGGUGAGAACCCGCUGAUCCCGCCGACGCCCGGCGGGGCCGGCGCGGACUUCUACCGUAUCUUUGGGUCCCAGGCGUCGCUGAGCGUGCCGGACAUGACGCGCUGGAGCUACGACGGGAGGGCCGAGAAGAGCUGGAAUCAGCCGCUGGUGGCGGAGAAGUUCGAGGUCGAGGUCGGCGCGAAGCCGUUUGAUUUGCAGUUGGCGCAUUUCGUGGAUGUUAUUCGGGGGAAGGCGGAGCCUAGUUGCUCGGGUGAGGAUGGGUUGCGGGCGCUCAUUGUGUGUCAGGCUGCGAGGAAGGCGUUGGAGACGGGCGAGACGGUAGAUCUGGAUGCGGAUCUCUUCGGUACGGACUAG